UUUGGGGCAAAACCAAAGAUGGUUCCGUCCUCCUUCCAGUCGCUGCUGUUAAGUAUCUCUCACGUGCUUGUAUCUGCCUGAAUUUGAGCGUCAUUUUGUAUCGGGGAAAUGGCUUCUUCAGCUCUCGAGAGGCUCGUCAACCUUCAAAGGCACUUCUCCCCUCGGAAGGGUGGCGAUAAUAAUGUGGGCAAUGGCCUGGUAAAGUUAUCCCCUGACGUUUCUGAAGCUUUAGCACAUGGAAGAGCAGUUGUUGCUCUUGAAUCCACAAUAAUAUCACAUGGAAUGCCAUAUCCUCAAAAUUUGCAAACAGCAAGGGAGGUGGAGGCAAUUGUGAGAAAGAAUGGGGCUGUCCCUGCAACAAUUGCUAUUUUAGAUGGUGUGCCAUGCAUUGGUCUGAGUGCAGAAGAGCUUGAGAGGUUGGCUACUUUGGGAACAAAAGCCCAAAAGACAGCUCGCAGGGACAUUGCACAUGUCGUUGCUACCAGAGGGGUUGGCGCAACCACCGUUUCCGCCUCCAUGAUUCUUGCUUCUAUGGUCGGCAUCCAUGUAUUUGUCACUGGGGGUAUUGGUGGAGUGCAUAGACAUGGAGAGAACACAAUGGAUGUGUCGUCUGAUCUUACAGAACUUGGAAGGACUCCUAUAGCAGUAAUAUCUGCUGGUGUAAAAUCAAUAUUAGAUAUUCCCAGAACUCUCGAGUAUUUGGAAACUCAAGGAGUUUGUGUUGCUGCUUACAAGACUAAUGAAUUUCCUGCAUUUUUUUCCAAAACAAGUGGCUGUAAAGCACCUUGCCGGGUGGAGACACCAGAGGAUUGUGCUCAGUUAAUAGAUGCAAACUUGAAGCUCAAGCUAGGAACAGGUCUUUUGGUAGCAGUCCCGAUUCCAAAAGAGCAUUCUGCCUCAGGAAGUUUAAUAGAGUCUGCAAUACAAAGAGCUAUCAGGGAAGCAAGGGACAAGGGCAUAAGAGGUAAUGCUGAAACUCCAUUCUUGCUAGCCAGAGUAAAUGAACUAACUGGAGGAGCAUCUUUGUCUUCAAACAUUGCUCUUGUAAAAAACAAUGCACUUGUUGGGGCUAAGAUUGCUGUUUCUCUUUCCCAGAUCCGACAAAGUUAUGACCAAAGGCCAUACCACUAGAAGAACAACAUUAUAGCUUUUGUCUGUGUAUGCGCAUCAACAUAGUUCGAUUAGUAUUAUUUCACUUUUCCACUUUCUCCUAUUAACUAGCUCUAAAAUUUAUCCCAAUUUAUGUUUACGGUGUUUGACUGUUAAAAAUAUUUCUGAGUAAUAGUUAUUAAGGCCUCAUUUUUGUGAAGGCAUUAUAAUUAAUUGAUAAAUCAUCAUAUAGUUUGAGGCUUGUAUAAAAUGCCAACCCAGUGCAGUAGUGCCAACUAUUACUUAAA